CUAUAUAUAGACAAGAAUAUAAACAUGCCAUAUGCAAGUCACAAUAUAAAUUAUUCAUAUCAACAUCUUCAUCAAGCCAUAGGCAAGAAUCUUUCUUCAUUCAACCCAUGGCUACUCAUGUUGUUUCCUUCUUCUCCAUAGCAUUGAUCUUCUUCUUUGGAACAUGCGCUAAUAUCGUGAAUGGGGAAGAUCCACAAUUCACUUACUUGGGCCCAUAUGGCCCAAGAAAAUGGGGGAGUCUAAGCCCAAAUUACUCGGCCUGCUCUCAUGGAAAAUUUCAGUCUCCGGUCAACGUAGUAAAGUCAAAAUGUGUUGCUGGUCGACACCUGAAGCCGUUAGACAUCGAAUAUAAUGUUGUUGUUAAUGCUACUCUUGUUGACAAUCUCUUCAAUGUUGGGAUAAAAUAUGAUGGGAAUGCAGGAAUGUUGAGAAUGAAUGGUAAAAACUAUAGUCUUAUUCAAAUGCAUUGGCAUGCACCUUCAGAGCAUCACCUUAAUGGUCUUCAGUAUGCUGCUGAGCUUCAUUUGGUUCACAAAGCCGUAGAUGGUGAAACAUCGGUUGUAGCCAUUCUUUACCGGUAUGGCCAUCCCGACCCUCUUCUAUCUAAGAUACAAACCAAACUCGCCCAAUUGAAAAAAGCGGUUAAUAGUUCAUCUCAACAACAACAACAACCUCAAAUUGCUCUCGGAACCUUCACCACCAAGCAGAUUAGGAAACACACACGAAAGUAUUACCGAUAUGUGGGAUCUUUUUCCACGCCUCCAUGUACCGAAGGCAUUAUUUGGAACAUUCUUGGCAAGAUAAGGUCAAUUUCGCGGGGUCAAGUAGAGGCUUUAGAAGCACCAUUGAUUGUGGGAUGUAAGCAUAACUCGAGACCGGUUCAACCGUUGCAUGGGAGACAUAUAGAGAUGUAUGAUGACAAGAUGAACCACUAUUGAACAAGUUUAUGUAUGUAUAAGUUUUAAUCAAAAUAACUUGUGUGCAUUCACCGUGACUUAAGUUUUAAAGAUAAUAUAUAAGUGAUAAUUUAUGAAUGUACAAGUUUCAAAUAAAAGAACUUGUUUCACUUUUAA